ACCCCGCCGCAUCCGUCCGUCCAGGUCCUGUCCCGCAGUGUAGGUCGGACCCAUAAGCUCUUGCACUCUCCUCGGCCAAGGCGUUCGCUGGUGCUCCCUGCUCAGCCAUGGCUCAGCACUUCUCCCUGGCCUCCUGCGAUGUGGUCGGCUUCGACCUGGACCACACUCUGUGUCGCUACAACCUGUCUGAGAGCGCCCCGCUCAUUUACAAUAGCUUUGCUCAAUUCCUAGUCAAGGAAAAAGGGUAUGAUCAGGAAUUGCUCAAUGUGACUCCAGAGGAUUGGGAUUUCUGUUGCAAGGGUUUGGCAUUGGAUCUAGAAGACGGGAAAUUCAUUAAACUUGCAGAUGAUGGCACUGUGCUCAGGGCAAGUCAUGGUACCAAGAUGAUGACUCCAGAGGCGCUGGCAGAGGCGUUUGGCCAGAAGGAGUGGAAGCACUUUGUGUCUGACUCUGGAAUGGCUUACCACUCAGGAAAAUAUUAUUUUUAUGAUAACUACUUUGACCUACCAGGAGCACUUCUAUGUGCAAAAGUGGUGGAUUCCUUAACAAAGCAGAACAAUGGUCAAAAAACAUUUGAUUUUUGGAAGGAUAUAGUUGCUGGUAUACAAUACAAUUAUAAAACAUCAGCUUUUAAGGAAAAUUGUGGAAUAUAUUUUCCAGAAAUAAAAAGAAAUCCAGGAAGAUAUUUACACAGUUGUCCAGAAUCUGUAAAAAAGUGGCUUCAUCGGCUCAAGAAUGCUGGGAAAGUUCUUGUGUUAAUUACCAAUUCUCACAGUGAUUACUGUAGACUUCUCAGUGAAUACAUCCUUGGGGACGAUUUUGCAGACCUUUUUGACAUUGUUAUAACAAAUGCAUUGAAGCCUGGUUUCUUCUCCCAUUUACCAAAUCAGAGACCUUUCUGGACACUUGAAAAUGAUGAGGAGCAGGAGGCACUACCAUCUUUGGAUAAACCUGGCUGGUACUCCCAGGGGAAUGCUGUCCAGCUUUAUGACCUUCUGAAGAAAAUGACUGGCAAACCUGAACCCAAGGUUGUUUACUUUGGAGACAGCAUGCAUUCCGACAUUUUCCCAGUUCAUCAGUACCGUAACUGGGAGACAGUCCUCAUCCUAGAGGAGCUGAGAGGAGACGAAACCGGGCAGUCUGAGGAGUCAGAGCCUCUAGAGAAGAAAGGAAAAUAUGAGGGACCAAAGGCAAAGCCUCUAAAUACCUUGUCUAAAAAAUGGGGCUCUUUUUUUAUUGAUUCUAUUUCGGGACAGAAAAAUACAGACUCCUCUUUGGUUUAUACGUGGUCCUGUAAGAGAGUCAGUACUUACAGCACUAUUGCAAUUCCAAGUCUUGAAGCAAUCACAGAAUUACCCCUGGACUACAAAUUUACAAGAUUUUCUUCAAAUAAUUUAAAAACAGGUGGCUACUAUCCAAAUCCUCCAUUAGUCUUAUCAAAUGAUGAGACACUGACAACCAAAUAAAUUAUCUUUACUGAGAAAUGAAGAACCAUAUAUGCAACGAAUGUACUUUAAAAGAAAAAAGUUAAUUUCCCCCCCCAAAAAAAACUGUAAAAUGCUGUAUGAGUUUUUUAAUGAAACUUCACCAAGAAAUUGAUA